AGUAUAUAUACCGGCCGGUGUUAGCAGGGUGUCAUACGGUACUGCACAACUGUGAUCAUGGCUUUCAAGAUCUUCGCCGCCGCUUGCCUGCUGGCUGUUGCCACUGCUGCCCCGCAGUACGCACCCAAGCCUUACGCCCCGGCUCCAGCCCCCUACGCUCCGGCCCCUGCUCCUUACGCCCCGGCCCCAGCACCCUACGCACCCAAGGCCUACGCACCCAAGUACCCCGAGCCUGAGCCCGCUUACCCCAAGUACGCCUUCGAGUACGCCGUCCAUGACGACAGCACCUACGACAUCAAGAGCCAGAAGGAGGAGCGCGACGGAGACUACGUCAAGGGAGUCUACGAGCUGUACGAGCCCGACGGCACCAAGAGGAUCGUCACCUACGCCGACAACGGAUACGGUUUCGAAGCUGUUGUCACCAAGGAACCCGGCAAGGGCUACGCUCCCGCUCCAGCUUACGCCCCUAAGCCCGCUUACGCCCCAGCACCUGCUUACACUCCCGCACCUGCUUACGCCCCAGCACCUGCCUACGCCCCCGCUCCAGCUUACGCCCCUAAGCCCGCUUACGCCCCAGCUCCCGCCUACGCUCCCGCCCCAGCGUACCCCAAGCCCGCCUACCCCGCUCCUGCGCCUUAAUAGAAGUACUAAACAAAUUAGGAUUUUUUAAUUCUCCAUUCCAUUGUACAUAUGACAUCUCAUUAGUUGUAUAUUUUUAUAUUUUGCCAAAUACAAUUUUGUACAAAACUUA